UUCUGAUGUUGCACGCCGGGAAAUGCUUUGAAUACUUGCGACAUGGCCGCUCACAUUGAUUGCAAAGAUUGACAGCACUAACCAUCGCCUGCUUCACUUGUUUCACAGAGAGAAAAAAGAUAGAUUACAAAAAAAACUCCUACCGGUCUUGACACUUAAACUUCUGUAUAAAGAUCGAAAUCCCCUAUCCAUGGCCCGGGGAAACAACAGCAGACUUUAGUUUCUUUCUGUUUUAUUUUCCAGAGAUCAGAAAUCUUUAUUCUUUAAUUAAAAAGAAAUACAUACCGAAACCGGAUACCUUACGGACGUGCUUUUCUCAUUGCCAGACUGGCUUCUAUAAGGUCAUUUUCAUGAAUUCAGAAUCAACAAACCUGUGAUCGCUGGGUGCUGGGGCUGAUUUCUUUCUGUAUCUAACCCCAAAUCCUGAAAUGGAGAGCUUUCUUCGUAGCAGCUUUAUACUGAGAAGAAUGUCUUCCAAGCAAGCCACCUCUCCAUUUGUCACUUCUGCUGAUGGAGAGGAAGCCAUGACCCAGGAGCGGGUAUCGUGGGACAAGGAGGAGGGCGGUGAUCAGUACGUGUCCUCCACACUCCCUCUGCACAGCAAGCCUCUCACCGAGGAGCUCCCCACUGUCGUCACCAACAUCCAGUCCGACUCUGACUGGGAAAGCAUGGUCUCUGCCCAGCAACGAAUGGAAUCUGACAGCAAUAAAGUAUGUUCCCUCUACUCCUUCGGAAAUAACUCUUGUGGUAUUGGCUUGGUGGAAUGGGGAGUGAGGGUGGGACUGAAGGUCAAAGAAUCUUCUUGCAUGGAUAAACUUCUUUCUAAAGACUGGAAAGAGAAAAUGGAAAGACUUAACACAAGUGAACUUCUUGGUGAAAUCAAAGGUACCCCUGAAAGCCUUGCAGAGAAGGAACGGCAACUUUCCACCAUGAUCACCCAGCUGAUAAGUCUGCGGGAGCAGCUCCUGGCUGCCCACGAUGAACAGAAGAAGCUGGCAGCCUCGCAGAUUGAGAAACAACGGCAGCAAAUGGAGGUGGCCCGGCAACAGCAAGAACAAAUUGCAAGACAACAGCAGCAACUACUGCAGCAGCAGCACAAAAUCAACCUUUUACAGCAGCAAAUUCAGGUUCAGGGUCACAUGCCUCCGCUGAUGAUCCCCAUUUUUCCACACGACCAGCGGACUCUGGCAGCAGCCCAGCAGGGGUUCCUCUUCCCCCCAGGAAUCACAUACAAACCAGGUGAUAACUAUCCCGUGCAGUUCAUUCCAUCGACAGUGGCAGCUGCUGCCGCGUCUGGACUCAGCCCUCUCCAGCUCCAGCAACUAUAUGCAGCUCAGCUAGCCAGCAUGCAGGCGUCACCUGGCUCCAAGAUGCCUACCCUUCCCCAGCUACCCAAUCCCUUAGGCCCUAUCUCACCCACCAGCCUCAAGAGCGAAAAGAGAGGGACCAGCCCAGUUACUCAAGUUAAGGAAGAGGCAACGCAGCCGCUGAAUCUAUCAGCCAGACCCAAGACGGCGGAGCCUGUCAAGCCCCCUCUGUCCCCAACACACAGCUUCUUCUCAGUGAGCAAAGGCAGUCCCAUUAACCCGCCAGCUAGGAGCAGCAUCCCCAGUCCUAUUGGAGGGGGUCUUGGAAGAGGAUCUUCUCUGGAUAUCCUCUCCAGUCUGAACUCAACGGCCCUCUUCGGGGACCAGGACGCAGUGAUGAAAGCCAUCCAGGAGGCUCGCAAAAUGAGAGAGCAAAUCCAGCGGGAGCAGCUGCAGCAGAGCAUGGAGGGGAAGCUGUCCUUCAACAAUCUGGGGCUCAGCAACUGCAGGGGUGACAAGGAGAGGGCACAGUUCGAGAACCUUGGUCAUCAGUUGUCAGGGAAACUUGGCGAGGAUAGGAAGAUGGGUCCCAGAGUCAUUGACCUAACGAGGCCUGAGGACGUAGAUGGAAGUAAAGCAGUGAAUGGCUCUGCAGAUAAACUACAACAGUAUUAUUGUUGGCCAACAGGAGGCGCCAGCUCAACUGAUGCACGAGUGUACAGGGAAGCCAGAGGAAGGAACAACAACGAGCCCCACAUCAAACGACCAAUGAACGCCUUCAUGGUUUGGGCAAAAGACGAGCGCAGGAAGAUUCUACAAGCAUUUCCUGACAUGCAUAACUCCAACAUCAGCAAGAUUCUAGGUUCUCGUUGGAAAUCUAUGUCCAACCAGGAAAAGCAGCCCUUUUACGAGGAGCAGGCCCGACUCAGCAAGAUUCACUUAGAAAAAUACCCCAAUUACAAAUACAAGCCCCGACCGAAACGCACCUGCAUCAUUGACGGGAAGAAGCUAAGGAUCGGGGAGUACAAGCAGAUGAUGCGAUCUCGGAGACAGGAGAUGAGGCAGUUCUUCACUGUGGGGCAACAGCCUCAGAUUCCAAUCAGCACAGCUGCAGGUGUUAUGUAUCCGGGAGCUAUCACCAUGGCAACGACCACGCCCUCCCCUCACAUGACAGAUUGCUCCAGCACCUCUGCUAGCCCCGAGCCCGCCAUCCCCAUCAUCCAGAGCACUUACAGCAUGAAGAUGCCAAGCGGAGGUGUGAUGAGCACCGGAGCAGUGAACGGAGAGGAUGAGAUGGAUAUGUAUGACUAUGAGGAUGAGCCCAAAUCAGACUAUAGCAGUGACAAUGAAACCCAUGAGGCUGUCAGUGCCAACUGAGGAGCAGCUGCAAAUUAACAGUGGAAAAAGAGUGAGAAAGAACGAGAGACAAAAAAACAACUUGUUUUUGAACAUAUGUUCUUAAAGAGCCUGCAUGCAUGUGUGGCUCUCACAGAUUCAUCAGCAAAUGGUCUUAAAUGUUUCUUAACGUGUGAAGCAAUUUGAUUGUUCUUACUUUUUUCCUUUUUUUUUUUUUUAUUAUUUGUUCAUGGACAUUUUACACUUUUAGGUUAUUUCCUAUAAAACUUUAGAUGUCAGGACUUCUCCAACAUUUAAUGAAUCGAUAGCUCGAUCAGUCUUACUACUUCUUUUAAAGGCCUACAUUACUGUUUUUGAUGGGGGUAUAAUAUAUAUAUAUAU